AUCCCGAACCCUUCGAGGGGCUGUCAUAUCCCUCCUUGUUCUUUCUCACUCGCGGGCCGGAUCGGGCCGAGCCGGGCUGCCCGGGUGCGGUCCCUGACCAUGGCGUCCCUCUUCAAGAAGAAAACCGUGGAUGAUGUAAUAAAGGAACAGAAUCGAGAGUUACGAGGUACACAGAGGGCUAUAAUCAGAGAUCGGGCAGCUUUAGAGAAACAAGAAAAACAGCUGGAAUUAGAAAUUAAGAAAAUGGCCAAGAUUGGUAAUAAAGAAGCUUGCAGAGUUUUAGCCAAACAGCUUGUACAUCUAAGGAAACAGAAAACAAGAACUUUUGCUGUCAGUUCAAAAGUCACUUCCAUGUCCACUCAAACAAAAGUGAUGAAUUCUCAGAUGAAGAUGGCAGGAGCCAUGUCUACUACAGCAAAAACAAUGCAGGCAGUAAACAAGAAGAUGGAUCCACAAAAGACAUUACAAACAAUGCAAAAUUUCCAGAAGGAAAACAUGAAAAUGGAAAUGACUGAAGAAAUGAUCAAUGACACGCUUGAUGACAUCUUUGAUGGCUCUGAUGAUGAAGAAGAAAGCCAAGAUAUUGUCAAUCAAGUUCUUGAUGAAAUUGGAAUCGAAAUCUCUGGAAAGAUGGCCAAAGCUCCAUCAGCUGCCCGAAGCUUACCAUCUGCCUCUACUUCAAAGUCUACAAUCUCCGAUGAAGAGAUUGAACGGCAACUCAAAGCUUUAGGAGUAGAUUAAUCCAAAAAGCCAUUAUAUUUUGCCUAUUAUAAUUAUUUGGUAUAAACCAGGCACAAUGAAGAUUCCUUUUACAAAGCACAUUUAUUUUGCAAAAAUGAAGACCACGGUAAACAGUUGUUUCCUAACCCAUGGCUGUUUUGACUCUUUUGCCAAAGAAUGACAAUGAUGCAAAAAUGGGAACAGUUUGGAUUUUAAUUAGAACUAUUUGAGAGUGAUGAUGUGUAAAAUGUUGACUUCUUUUCUGCAUGGCCUAGAGAAAUUAUAUUCAUUCCUUAGUGUAUUUAUGUUCUGAAUCUUUUUACACAGAAUGCAAAUCUUGUUAAAGCCAUGAGGCACCAACUUAAAGAGACUUGUAAGAAUAUUAAAUAAAAGUAUACCAUUAAUUCUGUGUCUGUUACCUGUCCUUUGUAAGUGAUAUGUGUUACGACCAUAGGCGGUUCAGCCGCCAAAUUAUUUUUAAAUCACUUGAAAGAAGAGUGCUAUUUGAACAUCUGUGUUAAACAAAACCUGUUAUGAGCUUUUCUUUUCUUUUCCUUUGGGAGAACAUUCUACUUGGUAAGUUUAUUACCUUUGAAAAUGUGCUUGGCACCUGCCUUAAAUAGUACAAACAUAUUGUGCACAUCUUUAAAUUAUUUUAACUGACAGAAAAGAACUACAUUUUAAACUCAAAUUGAAGCCUCUUACAAAAAUUAACCAGGCUCUUUUUUUAAAGCUUAUAAAGUGAGUUAAAUAUAAUUAGCAAAAACAGACACUGAAUUAAUAACAUUUUAUAUUAAUAAAACAAUAUAUUUUGGUCUUUCUUCCCAGAACUGAGGAGAAUUCCUCCAUGUGAAUUAUAAUUUAAUCUCUUUAGUUUUGAAUUAUAUUAAUGUGUAUAUCAAACCUUCAUUGAGGUUUGAUGAAGCCAUCAUCCUCAAUUAAGUAACACUACUAUGACAGUAUUCAACCUAAAUUUUAAAAAUUAGCAUUUUUUCUUGGUAAAUAAACUACAACUUUGUCAGAAGUUACUGCCUGAAUGUGUAUUAAUGUAUUAACUGCAUUUUUUAAGGUAAAGUUGCUAUGGUAUUUAAUGUAUGUAUAGAAAGUGAGAAGAAAUGAAGACGUGGCAGAUUAGUUAGAUAGAAUUUAGAAUUAGGUUAGCUUUGAAAAACGAUGUUGUCAUAUAUGGAUUUUAGCACAUCCCACCCUUUAAAAACUCUUCUGGAGGAGAUCAAAUAGCUGUAACCUGGUUAAUUUGGGACAAUGGAUGUUUUGGACUAAUAUGGACAACGUAAAUACAUUUUAGGACUAGUGGACAUAUGGCAUAAGGAUUGAGAAAAAUGAAAACCUAAACUUUAUAAUCCAUAAACCAUUUUAUAAUGUUCAAAGGUAAGAUUCCAUUAUUGAUAACAUUAAAUACAUUCACCCUGAACAUUGAUGGGUCAAAACAUUUUACUUGAUUAUGGAAUGUUAACACGACUUGUUUUGAUUCUUGGAUGUACAUAAUAAUGCCAACUAACUUUAUUUACUUUCUUGUUUACAUGUGGGGGUUUUUGUUUUUAAAAUUAUUUUGUUAAAAAAACCUCAAUAAAGAUUUAUUGCUGUUA